GAUUUCAUACUCCCACCUUCGGGGACACCGAGAAGAGCAGCAUGGAGCAGGAGCACUUCUCCUGGCCUCAGUAAGCACAAGAUGUCCAUCUCAGGUGGCAGGCACUGGCAGAGCAAGGCUGACCCUUUCAGUGUGGUGGCUGUCUCCUUGGUGAGCCAACUGUCUGACCAGCGGAAGAUGAGCGAGUCACCUCUCAGCUGGUUCAGAGGGGUGUAUUUACCCGCUGCGCUGCACCCUUUAAACAAGACGUUAGUCAUGGGUGGCAAGUGGAAGGAUGUGGAUAGCACUCAGGAAAAGCGCAGGUCCUUCCUGCAUGGCUUCUGUAAGAAAUACAACAGCAGAAAGAAGCUGCAAACCCACCUUGUGCACCUGGUGUCAAGAAUUUAUGUGGAGGACAGGCAUAAGGUCCUAUACUGCGAAGUGCCGAAAGCAGGCUGCUCCAAUUGGAAAAGGGUCCUCAUGGUGCUCAAUGGACUCGCUGCUUCAGCACACAACAUUUCACAUGAUGACGUGCACUAUGGAAAGCAUCUAAGGAAACUGGACAGUUAUGACCUAAAAGGGAUAUACACACGUUUGAACACGUACACCAAGACUAUAUUUGUACGUGAUCCUAUGGAAAGACUGGUAUCUGCCUUCAGGGAUAAAUUUGAACACCCAAACAGCUAUUACCAUCCAGUAUUUGGGAAGGAAAUAAUUAAGAAGUAUAGACAAAAUGCAAAUGAAGAGGCAUUGAAAACAGGAUCGGGAGUUAAGUUCAAGGAGUUUAUCCAAUAUCUGUUAGAUUCCCAUCGCCCAGUAGGAAUGGACAUUCAUUGGGAGCAAGUCAGUAAGCUCUGCUAUCCCUGCCUCAUCAACUAUGAUUUUAUAGGAAAGUUUGAAACCCUGGAAGAAGACGCCAACUACUUUUUGCAGCUGGUAGGUGCUCCAGCCGAGCUGAAGUUUCCUAAAUUCAAAGACAGACAUUCCUCUGACGAGAGAACAAGUGCAGAAGUAGUGAGGCAAUACUUAAAAGAAUUGUCUAAGGAGGAGAGACAGCUGACCUAUGACUUCUAUUACUUGGAUUACUUAAUGUUCAAUUAUACAUCACCAAUUGUAUAGCACCAGAAUAGCUUCAGGCUUCUAUUAGUUAUUUAUCAUUUUGA